AUGUUUUUUGCAUUUUUUAUAUUAAGUUCUAUAUAUAUUUCAAAAGUAAAUGGCUGGGGUGUUACUGGACAUGCUCUUGUAGCUAAACUUGCACAAACUAUGUUGACUAAGGAGUCAGAAAAAUUCGUUCGUAAUUAUUUACCAUGGUAUACAAUAGGUAAUUUAAGUAUGCUUGCUUCAUGGCCUGAUAUAAUCGUUUCUCCAAAUACAAAUCCAAUUGAUUAUCUCAAUUGGUUAUGGUCAAGAGAAUUGCAUUAUGUCAAUGUACCUGAUUGGACUUGUAAUUAUGAUCGUAAUCGUGAUUGUAAUUGGACGAGUAGACAACGUUGUGUUGAUGGAGCAAUUCAAAAUUAUACAAAACAAUUAGCUGAUAUUAAUCAAGAUAAUAUUCAACGACAAGAAGCAUUAAAAUUUUUAGUACAUUUUAUUGGUGAUAUUCAUCAACCAUUACAUGCAGGUUUUGUUGGUGAUAAAGGUGGAAAUUUAAUUCGAGGUAAUUUUUUUGAUAAACCAACUAAUUUACAUGCUUUAUGGGAUCAAUUAAUGAUUGAACGUCGUAUUUUAUUAGAUUUUCAAAAUGAUGAAAAUAAAUAUUAUGAUUAUCUAUUUAAUUUACUACAAACAACUUAUGCACAUAAUAUUUCACAAUGGUCAAAAUGUCCGUCAGAUGAAGAAUCUCAUGAUGUAGCAUGUUCAACAGUUUGGAUUAAUGAAAAUAUUGAAUUAAAUUGUGCAUAUAUUUAUCGAGAUGAAGAUAAUAAACCAAUGAAUAUAUCAUAUGAAUUUCGUUUAGGUGAAACUUAUUAUAAUACAAGAAUAGGUAUUCUUGAACAACGACUUAUUCAAGGUAGUGUUAGACUUAGUGGUGUUAUUAAUAAAAUUGUUAAAUUACAAAAACAAGAACAUCAUAGAAAGAAAAAUAAUGACUAUUCAUUUGUUUCAUAUGUUAUCUUAUUCGUCGAAAAUUUAAUCAACAAUUAUUAG